AAAAAAUGCUCAAGUACCAAGUGAAAUCGUCCACUUUGACGUUGCGGCCUGCCAAUCGGGCAUCGAGAACGUCUUCGUCAAAUUCAUCCUCUCCUUGCUCAAUUUCUAUGCAUUCUCUUCUUGAUGAUACUCUUCUCGGGAUUCCAACAACUUCUCGAAGCAAUUCACUUCUUUCCCUUAACUCAACUGAUAGUAAUAUUUCGGAUUCUUCAGAUGUGGGAGUCCUAAAAGUUGAUACGCGGAGUGUUAAACAAUGUACCGAUUACAAGACAAUCCGAGUUACUAAUUCAACAACAGCACGCCAAGUCGUUGAAAAAUUUCUGACAACUCUCAAGCUCACUUGCCGAGAUAUAAACAUGUUCGAACUUUGGAUGGAGCUCACAACAAGAGCUUCGGGAGCUCCUGUUGUCACACUUCUAAAACUGGAUCCUGAAUCUCGACCAUAUGAACUUCAAAGAUGCCAUCCAAUCGGAAUGUCUCGUUUCAUACUUCUUCAAAGUCCAACAGGAUAUCUCGUCAGAGUUCAUGAUCAUAAUAUUUCUCCUCAAUCUAACUACAAGUCAUUGCUCCUUUCAUCUCAAACAACAGUUCUUGAAGCUAUUCAUAUUGUUCUCGGCUUAAAUCGAAAAUAUGAUGAUAUCUCAAAGUAUGGACUAUUCUUAGCAACACCUGGAGGAGAUGCUCAAAUUCCAGAAGAUGUUUCAUUAGUUUCUAUUGCAAGACUUUGUCAACCGAAUCAAAAAAUCAUUAUCAGAAAUGUUGAUGUAUUCUAAUUUUUGCAUGUACUCUGAACAUUGGUACAUAUGUAUUAUAUUUAAUGCUUUAAAUUCGUGGUAUCUUAUAAACAUUUUUUAAAUAA